UUUUUUACGUACUUGUUUAUCGACAGUUGGGACAAGUCUGAAGUAUUCAUCAACAUUACAAUCCAAUAUGACAUGACAAUAUUGUUUUUGAUAUGACAGAAAAAAAAGAUAUUUAAAUGCCAGUAAAAAAAACCAUAAUUCAGAUCAUUUGUCCAAAUUGUAUAUCGUCUUCACUAUCAUCAAUAAAGAAAAAAUGUUAAAAUUAUUUUUUACAUCAUUUUUUUUAUCAUUCCCGUUAAUAAUCGUCGAUUGUUCAUUAGUUUUAAAUUCUGUUUCUGUUAUUCUUCGGCAUGGUGAUCGUAAUCCAUUAUAUAUCUAUCCAAAUGAUCCUUACGAUGAAACUUAUUGGAAACAACAUGGUGGUGUAGGUACUAUGACCGAACAAGGUAAAAAUCGGAUAAAAAUUGCCGCAAAAUUUUAUCGUCAACAUUAUGAAAUGUUAUUGCAAGAAAGCGAUGGAACUAAUUAUCAAGUUAUAACAUCAACAGUUAAUCGUGCCAUCGAAACGGCCAAUAUAUUUAUGAAAGAAAUCAAUAAAAAUGCAACAUUUCAACGUAAUGAUAACAUGUUAUUUAUGUAUGCGAAAUGUGAUAAAGCUACAAAACUUCGAGAUGAUCGAUUGAACGAAUUAGCACCAGAAUUAUUGCCAAAUAAUACUUUUAUGGAUUAUCUUCGCAACAAAACCGGUGAUGAAUUUACUGAUGAAGAUACGGUAAAAAAAAUACGACUAUUGUUUGAUUUAGCAGAUACGUUAAAAAUUGAACGAGAUCAGUUAAAUAUGAACGUAUCCGAUUGGAUUACUGAUAAAGAAACUGUUAAAACUAUGUCCGAAACGGAGCGAAAAAUUUUCGCAAAAAUGUCAAAUACUCCAGAAAUUCAACGUUUACGUGUUGGACUUUUAUUGAAAGAUAUUCGUGAUCAAAUGGAAAAGAAUCCAAGUCAACGAUUCUAUCUAUAUUCAACACAUGAUUUUAAUCAAGCUGUAUUGUUACAAGCAUUGGAUAUGUAUGAUCGAUUGGACAAAAUUAAUCAAAUGCCACCAACAUACGUUAGCAGUGUUGUAUUUGAAGUUUUUCACAAUGAAACCAAUGAACAAGAGAAAUGGAUCCGUUUUAUUUAUCGACAAUUCUUGGAUAUUAAUGGUACAAUAAUGAAUUUAGAUGAAAAAAUUCUACCUGAAAAAUGUCAAGAUGAAUUGGAAUUUCAUGAUGGAACAGUUUUAAAUACAGGAAAAUUCUGCAGUUGGCAACAAUUCACGAAUGAAUUAUUGAAAGAUUUAAUACCAGACAAUUGGGAUAAAGAAUGCCAAAAUAGUUCGUUUGCCAACAAACCAAUGUGGAUAACAUUGAUGAUAUUCAUUACCAUAUUGAUGAGCAAUUUUUCAAUAUUUUGAAUUUUUUUUUUCAUUAGC